UACUGGUAUGCUUUGUUUUGGUGGGUUUUAGGGGCGAGUCCGAAGUACAUGAGCUCUGACGCCAAAGAUACUGGAAGUCUUGGGAGUAAAACUUCGUCUGUGUCUGUAAGACCAAGCCCUCGUACCGAGGGUGAGAUCUUACAGUCUCCAAACCUCAAGAGUUUCAGCUUCGCAGAGCUUAAAUCCGCAACCAGGAAUUUCAGACCAGACAGUGUGCUUGGUGAAGGUGGAUUCGGUUGUGUGUUCAAAGGAUGGAUUGAUGAGAAGUCUCUCACUGCCACAAAACCGGGCACUGGUUUGGUUAUUGCCGUCAAAAAGCUUAACCAAGAUGGUUGGCAAGGUCACCAGGAGUGGCUGGCCGAAGUGAAUUAUCUUGGCCAAUUUUCUCAUGGACACCUUGUGAAGCUGAUCGGUUAUUGCCUAGAGGAUGAGCACCGUCUUCUUGUUUACGAGUUCAUGCCUCGCGGUAGCUUGGAGAAUCAUCUUUUCAGGAGGGGUUUAUAUUUCCAACCGUUAUCUUGGAAGCUCCGGUUGAAAGUUGCUCUUGGUGCUGCAAAGGGCCUUGCUUUUCUUCACAGUUCAGAGACAAGAGUGAUAUAUCGCGAUUUCAAGACUUCGAAUAUCCUUCUUGAUUCGGAGUACAACGCAAAGCUUUCUGAUUUUGGGUUGGCCAAGGAUGGGCCUAUAGGUGACAAAAGCCACGUCUCUACACGAGUCAUGGGUACACACGGAUAUGCAGCUCCUGAAUACCUCGCAACAGGUCAUCUAACAACAAAGAGUGAUGUCUAUAGCUUCGGGGUUGUCCUUCUGGAGUUGUUGUCUGGUCGUCGAGCUGUGGACAAGAACCGUCCAUCCGGAGAGAGGAACCUUGUGGAGUGGGCUAAACCAUACCUUGCAAACAAAAGAAAGAUCUUCAGAGUCAUUGAUAAUCGUCUUCAAGACCAAUACUCUAUGGAUGAAGCAUGUAAAGUGGCUACUCUGUCUCUGAGAUGUAUCACCACAGAGAUUAAGCUUCGACCAAACAUGGCCGAGGUAGUUUCCCACCUUGAACACAUUCAGUCUUUAAAUGCUACUAGAGGAGGAAACCUGGAUAGGACAGAGAGGAGAACGCGUAGGAGAAGUGACAGCGUUAUCACUAAAAAACCCAAUGCGGGUUUUGCUCGACAGACCGCAGUGGGCAGUACAGUUGUUGCUUAUCCUCGCCCAUCGGCCUCGCCGCUGUAUGUCUGA